CUCCCAUCCCCCUCCCAUCUCCCCCCCCCCCAUCACCAUCCGUUCCCUCCCUCUCUUCUCACACCCGGCCGGCAGUCGCUGCCCAUUUCUUCCGUUUCUCCCGCUGGUCUUUCCUCGUUAUGCCAUCCAUCGAGGGUUACCUUGCCCCUGUCGGUGGCGGCCUCCGGUCUUGGGGAUGCAUCAUCCCCCAUCGCAGCCGCUUCGAGCUUUUCCGUAGCGGAACCUCAGCCACCCCCAUCUCGGCCUUCGAUCUGGACCUUGUGCUGGGAGUUCACCUCCUCCCCCAGUCGCUUCUCCGUGUGGAGAGCUACCUCGGCGAGAGCCUCACCUACCGGGCGGACACGCCGCGCCUGUCGCGGAAUUGGGUGGUCCGCUUCCGCAUGGCCCUCCAGCAAAAUGAGGACAACGACUCGGACGACAGCGAUCCCGACUACAAUGACUAUGCCUCAUACGACAUGAACACCACGCUCAAUGAGCGCCUCGAGCGCAUGGUCGUCAUCAACAAGGAGGCUCGUCAGGCCAUUGUCCACGCCCUGUGCCAUGGGAAGGACCUUCGGGAGAGCACCUCUUCCGAGACAUACAUUUCCAAUCUGCGCAGCCUGCUCUUCCUGAAUGGCGAGACCCCCGAGGCGGAGACCGGCACCGGGCCCGAAGCCGAGGUCGAUGCCGCUCUCGGGAGCAAGCCGGCUUCUCGUCGCCAGGUGAACUCGGUGAUGCUGUCGUCCGGGGCGGCGGCGGCCAUCGGUGCCGCCGCCCGUGCGGCCGAGGCCGCCGCCGCCGCGGCCGCCGCCCCGGCGGUCGCCUCCCCUGCGAUCCCCCCCAGCGAGCGCUGCCUCUUCAUGUAUGGCGUCACCGAGGACGAUGAGUCCGGCUCGGAUAGCGACUCCAGCGGCCAGCUUCCCGGCCAUGGGAGUUCUUCAUCCUCCGACGAUGACAGCGACGAUGAGCACACCUCCCACACCCACGGGCAGCUCAACGACGAGACCCAUCACUCGGACUCGGACUCCGAGCCGUCGCAGCGCGACUCCAGCCGGCGGAUGUCAACCGGGUCCUAUGUCAGCAUCGAUGAGCGCGACUCCACCAGCAUGAAGACCUUCAUCGCCCAGGUGACCGAGGCGGUCAAUGAUGUGCUUGCGCCGGCUGACCUGGAGGACGCUCGUUCCACCCUUGACCAUAUGUGCCAGCUGGUCUGGGCUCUGGACUACCUGUGGUCCGUGACCGAUCAUCACCGGAGCAUCUUCCCCAACCUCCGGGCUCUGGCCAGUCUGGCCAACCGCCGGUGCAUGGCCGCCGCGCGGGACUAUGCGCACCUGCGCUUCCGUCCGGAGUGGGCUGGCGCGCCGACCGGCCUGGCCGCCGCGACCGCCACGCCCCCGGCUCCGGAGGAUGCGCUCGGCCGGUUUGUCCCCUCGCCGGAUCUGUGGGCCGAAUGGAGCGGCUCCAAUCCCACCAUCGAGGAUCUCCCGAUUCUGGGGGACUUCCUGGGCGCCGUGUCGGUCAAUGCCUCGGCUUCGCCGGAUGCCGGCAACUUCGGGUCGGACUUCCGCCUGUUGAUCUUCUCCAACAGCGUCUGCUGGGGCUGCGUGGCUCCGGACCAGUCGGCCACCCUGCUCAUGCGGGCUCUGCCCAUCAACCGCAUCACCCUGUGGAUUGAUGCCAGCACCGUGCUCGGCAUCAAGGUCGUCUCGGCCGACUAUGCUUCCAUCUCCUCGUCACGCGUGCCGGCCCCGACCCUCGUCCCUCUGGUGAAUCCUCUGUGCGAUUCGGAAAUCAACAUCGAUGACCCGGCUUGCCCGGCCUUCAACCGCAAGCUCUUCGUCGACAUCUUCGACUGCGCCGCUCAGUAUUAUCUCGAGUCCUUGCCCUCGACCAAGUGAGCCGGCGCGAGUGCUUGUGUAAAAGCGCCCCCUCCUCCCGGUUCAUGGGACACAUACCCCCCCCUCUCCGUUCUUUUUUUGUCCCCCCCUCCCCCCCCCGAAUAAAAGUUUCGUCUUCGCCG